GCGAUGCUUAUACAGGCAUCAAAACACGAAGUAAAGCUCACAAGCGACAACCCAGAGGAAAGACUGGAGCUCAUUGAUGGAGGAUAUCUCGGUAGUCUAGGAGUAUACCAUGAACUACACUGCCUACGGCGGAUCUACUGGAAUUUCCACGAAGAAACAUACUACCCAAACAUGACCGAAAGCCAGAGGGAGUAUCAAAGGGAGCAUUCAAGACACUGUAUUGAAGCUAUCCGACGUAGCCUUAUGUGCACGGCUAACACAGCUCUCUAUACCUUCGAGUGGGACGAGAAGAACUCGCAUUCGAAACAAGUGCUUGUUUCCAAAGCAAAGAGAAAAUGCGUAAAGUGGGAACCUCUGCAUAAGUGGGCAAGUGAAAGAUCGGUCGGACUUUACCCUCAAUUCUGGAGACCU